AUGGGCCGGAGUGAAUACAUGAUUCACAGUCCUCCCCCCGCGCGACAGAAUCCGAGCAGGAUAGCGCCGCGCUCUACUUCGGGAGGCCGAGAAUCGCGCUCCCCCUACGAAGCACUGCCGAUGAGUGAUACAUCCUACGUUCCGCCUUCUAUCCAUGAUCCAGUACCGGAUGCUCACAUUUACAACACGGACACCUAUUAUGGUCCUCCAGCAUACAACCAUCCCGACAGCAUUGCACCUUCCACGAACAAUGUGUCCAUCAAUGAUGGUGUCUCGGUAAGCAACGACUUUGCAACUCCUCUUACGGCCCAGCAAAAAUUCAAUGCGGAUGAAUAUGAAGUCCACGCCGUCAAAGCGCCGAACGAUAAUCCAUACGUCUUCGAUGCAGAUACAUUACUCAAUCGGUUUUCGAACAACUUGCACAUCAAGCGGAUGUUUUAUUGGCUUGACCCGAAAUUCUUCCACGAGCGCGCUUGGUUCAGCUGGACGUCUCCCCACUCUUAUCAACUCCCUGGUCACUACUACAGAUCAGGUAAUGGUGGGCAGAUCAACUUCUACCGGCACAGGGAUGUCUUUCGGCGAAAGCAUGCCGGGUUGAAUGAUGACCGAUACCUAGAUCCGCUGGACGGAAGGGUGGAGAAGCUUUUCGUCCAGACAGUCAACGAGAUCUACGACACGGACAACGACACGACCUGGCGCAGGACAUAUAUCGAGAACGUCAGCCCGUGGCUCAUCCGCUUGGCUUACUGGCCUUACUCGCACAUGCCUAAUGCAAGCCCGAGAUUCUCAGCCGAUUAUGGCUCAGGCGAAUCAUCGUCUGCUGGGGUAGGUGCUUGGAAGCAAGAACAAUGGCUUCACAUCGGCCUUCGCUGGCUACCUACUUGCAUUGGCCUGCUGUUGCUGAUGACCUUCCCAACCGACGUGCAAGGCCAAGUCCGCAACCAUGGAUAUUACGAUCCUGUGCCUUACAGAUAUUGGUCUUACCCGCUGUCUGCGCGCAACUUCCGCGAGAACAAAGGCCAGAUGCCCAAGCCUGGAUCGUUCGGGACCGCGAACGACUUCAGACUCUCCGAGAGAUGUCUCCGUCCACGCCUGUUGUGUUUCCUGGAUCGUAUGACCGAUAAUAAUCCGAGAGGCUGUCUAGACCCGCAGGUUUGGAUUGACGAGCACGGAGGAGGCGUUGAGCCGACGUACAUCUUCAUUUCUUAUACCGCCGAGAACCAGUUCGAGCGGCGAUGUGCCGACGCGAGGAAAGAUAUCCAGAGCACCGGCUCUUCAUACUGCAACUGUCCUCAAUGCCGAGAUGCAGCAUCCGACGCAGAUGCGCUCCACAGGAUCGCUCGAAAGGCCGCCGAAAGGGCAAAUGUCGCAGCCUAUUGGACCGAUCAAUGCUGCAUGUCCACUGACAAGGCUGAGCUCCAAGAAGAUGUCUACCGAAUCAGCGACGUCGUCCGUGGUGCGGCAAAGAUCGUCAUCGUGGUGGGCCGGACAGGCCAAGAUCAUCUUCCGCCAUCAGUUACCACGCUCGACCUGCUGAAAGAAUGGGGUACACGCAUGUGGACAUGGCCGGAAGUUCUGCUAGGUCCUGCCGGGGAGAAGAUACAGGUAUACACGCGAGGGGGAGAUAUGCGUGCGCCACUGGAAAUCUCCAAGAUGGAGUUUCCUGCCCAAGUCUGGGACGACGGUGACGUGGCGAGACAGCUGAUCGAUAACUACGAGGGAUCUCUGGCAUUGAGUCGACUCGAGCUCGUGGUUCUGGCAUUGGAAUGUCUUAAACGCCGGGUGGAAAAGGGGACGACAAAAUAUCUCGAAGGGGACUUGUCGUACGCGUUGAUGGGCUUGCUGAGGCAACGGCCCAAGGUCGACCAGACAGACUCUGCGUUCCAAGCUUUCGCGCGCCUCUCGUUAGCGAACGACAGUGACAGGCUUCUGGAAAGGAUGAUUUGCUUACUGCCAUUCGAGGACAGCCACGAUUCCGUCUCCAGCGACCGACACUACAACCAAAACACGGGAGCAGCGAUUGGCGGCAAUGGCCAGUACGUAAAGAGUCCACUCGGCGAAGAAAGCAAGAAGAGGCAUUACUGGACCAACCUUGACGACUACUGGGGUGCCAAACUCUGGGACAUCCAACCCAUUUGUCAAGUCGCGGGCAUCGGUCAGGACGACACCGUGAUUCUCGACGGCGCGUACGGGGCCACAGUCCACUGGGAUAGAUUCCAACGUGUCGCCAUCACUACGCGAGAGACGUGGUCGCGCAUGCUCGCUCGGUACUUUGUUCGCGGCACACCCGCAUGGUUCUUCACCGGUGUCCUUACCGCAUCUUUAGCAAACAACCCCACGGGAAAGGCGAUAGGGGCAUUGUUCCUAAUCAUGGCGUUGGUCACCAUCCUUCUCUCGCCAAUGCUGAUUCUGCACAUCUAUGGAGGCAAAGUGUGGAAUACCCAGCCGUGGCUGUUUGGAUUCGAAGGACACAUGUCCCUGAGGAAGAUUGAGAUGAAGAUUUUCGGAUUCCCGUCGGAACGGCUCUCCUGGGCACCUUAUGCCAGCAAUAUGUCCCAUCACCGGGUGAAUAGGGAAUUCUUGGAGGAGGAGUGUGAAGGCAUGGACCCUUUGCUGGCAGGCGAGAACGAGAGAGGUGGUGCGGGAACGGUAUCGACAACGGGUGAAAAGCUGAGACUUUUCACCCUGGUCGACACGAAUACAAUGACUGUAACUACAUUUCGUGCUGCUCGACCGCCCACUGUUGCUCUCCUCUGCGGCUCGGAAGGAGGCAUGCAACGCGCGGUGAUGUGCUCCUAUGACUGGACAAAUCAAUGCCUGUGGCGAGAGACGGUGCUCCGCAUGGAGACAAUAGCGCUCCAAAAGAUGCCCAGGAUUGGCAGAGUCAGGUUUGGGUUGCGGAGGUGGGAGGCUGAGAUGGGAAGGAGUGAUUUGCAGCCUCCUGAUUGA